CUCCUAACCCAGAGGAGGCGGGGUUGCCUGAGGAGGGCUUAGGCGCAGGCUUCCGUAACUAACCCGUUAGGUAAGUGUUAUAGCCAAGAGCACAUGCAAACGACGGGAAGAAAUUGUGCGGACAAGUGGGCAGAACGGGUGUGAACUGCGAGGAAACAGCCGGCUUUGUUUCCGGUGGUCUCGCGUUUGCACAUCUGGCGUCCCGGGUGUGGAGCAGCAGCUAUUUGUACGUGGUGCACUGUGAACUCCUAUGAUAAUCAGCCUGCAGUAGUUUUAUUUGUGCAUCCUCACACGUGAAGAAGUAAGAAAAUGGCCUGUGCUGAGUAUUCUUUUCAUAUGCCAAGUCUAGAGGAACUUGUUGGAGUUCUGCAGAAGGGGCUAAAGGAUAACUUUGCUGAUGUGCAGGUCUCUGUAGUUGAUUGCCCUGAUUUGACUAAGGAGCCAUUUACCUUUCCUGUAAAAGGAAUCUGUGGGAAAACUAGAAUUGCAGAAGUAGGAGGUGUGCCUUACUUAUUGCCUCUUGUAAAUAAAAAAAAAGUUUAUGAUCUAAAUAAGAUUGCAAAAGAAAUCAAGCUUCCUGGAGCUUUUAUUCUUGGAGCGGGGGCAGGUCCAUUUCAGUCUCUCGGGUUCAAUUCUGAGUUUAUGCCAGUUAUUCAAACAGAAAGUGAACACAAACCUCCUGUGAAUGGAAGUUACUUUGCCUGCAUUAACCCUGAAGAUGGAGGGUGCCUACUAGAGAAAUACAGUGAGAAAUACCAUGAUUAUGGAUGUGCACUACUGGCUAACCUUUUUGCCAGUGAGGGCCAACCUGGAAAGGUCAUUGAGGUGAAAGCCAAAAGAAGAAAUGGAAAACUUAAUUUUGUGACUUGCAUGAGACAGACUCUUGAAAAACAUUAUGGAGAUAAGCCUAUAGGGAUGGGAGGUACUUUCGUAAUUCAGAAAGGAAAAGUGAAGACUCACGUUAUGCCUAGAGAAUUUUCUCCCUGCCCAUUGAACUCUGAUGAAGACGUGAAUAACUGGUUGCAUUUUUAUGAGAUGAAGGCUCCUUUGAUUUGUCUGCCAGUUUUUGUCUCCAAAGACCCAGGGUUUGAUUUGCGAUUGGAGCACACUCACUGUUUCAGUCAUCAUGGAGAAGGUGGACACUACCAUCAUGACACUACCCCAGAUAUAGUGGAGUAUCUUGGCUACUUCUUACCUGCAGAGUUUCUCUAUCGCAUUGAUCAACCAAAAGAGACUCAUUCAUUUGGGCGGGAUUAAGUCAACUGCUACUCAUUUAGAAAAAGAAAUGAUUAACUAAGUUAAUUAAUUGAUUAACUCAGGAAUUGAUGCAAAUAUAAAAUCCAACAGAAAUUAUCUCACUACUUAAACUCUAUAUUUUUGGCCUUUGAAAUGAAAGAUACGUUGAUAUUAUGCUGUGUUGUUUCAUAGGUCUAUCUGAAAAAGUUUAUUGGAACAAAGAUACAUAAUGGAGAUGUUCUUCAUUCUUUUUUUUCUAAAAAUCAGUCUUAUAUUUAUAUCUUAAAUAUAAACACGACCUGGAGUCAUGUGAUUGGUUAUUUUUACAUAACUUACAGUUGUAAGUUAUGUAAAUUACAAAUAGUAAUCGCUUAUAUUUGUUUAAAUUAUUAAAAUUUUCAACUUAGUCUCAAAACUCCUAAUAGGAUAUUAGAAAAAUCAGUGUUGGAAAUUUUGAUAGUUAUUGAAUCUCUGCAUUGAAUUUUAAAAAUCCAUUUUAGAAGUCAGAGUGUUUAAUAAUUUAAACACUUUUCUCAUGGAAUACGGUGGUCAGAAGGAGGAGCUUAACCCCUUUUGGUGAAGUUCAACCAUACUCAGAGUUUGCAAUUUCCCUUUCACAAACAUUAGCAACUAGAUGGUUAGCCAUGAUUCCGCCUCUGUUUGGACUGCCAACUGGAAGCAGUUUGUGUCUUGUUGGUUACUUGCAAAAGGAGAAGAAAAAACAAGCAGCAUCAAAA